GUCAGACCUAGUAAAGUCGCUCACUGGCCUAUCAAUAACCGUGGCUACAAAGACUGCCGAGAGCAGGAAUACGUGGAGAAGCAUAGUACAUCAGGUCGUCAACAUUUUCAGUUAGACACGACUUUCAGCAAUGAAGAUAGUGACUAAGAAGAAGAGUUACUUAUUUUUAUAAAAAUUGGUAUUUUGUUGUUUUUUUUUAUAUUAUUCCUUUCAGUACUGCACCGUUGCUCCGGCUACUACCCACCCCACAGUCCCCCGGUCAUGGGAAGAAUUGCAAGAUACCAAGCCGAUAUCCUUAUGAAUAUGACCUACUAUUUGUGUAAAGAUGCGACCAUAAAAUUGUGGCAUGCCGACAGAGUUCAACAAAGGUAUCUAGGUACGCUGUCUUAUGAGUUGGGAGUCAUAACAGCGUCCAUUCAGGACAUUUUCAGAAGGAUGCUGAACACGUACCGAAAAUAUUCCAACUUGACCAACUUCCGGUUCGGACAAUAUUAUGCCGAAGAAAUUAUAUCAGCCUACCACAUUGUUAAAGGAGAUUUCAACGCACUAAAGAUGCAGCGAACCAUGUUCAUGGAUGUUCUGAAUGCCCACUACGAACGGAUGAAGAUGCCUCCCACGACCAGGUCGAGGGGCAGGAGGAUCAGGGGGCCGAGAGGGCGCAGGGCCGGUCACCCAUCCCUCCGCGACCCGGAGUACGUUUACAAGAACAUGAUGAAAUACCAGCACUGGACCGACGCUAGAGAAUACGCACGCGAAAUGGGUUUGAGUGAUUUGGAAUAA